UUUUGAGUCUGAACAAUAAAAUUUUGUUGAAUUGUUUGCAAAUAAUUUAUACUAUUAGCAAUAGCCUGUGACUUCAGACUAGUAGAGUUCGAAAAACUUUCGAUUAAUACGUAUUAAUAUCAUUCUUCAUCCUCAAUUUAAUUGGUGUUUAGAAAAUCUAUAGCCAACUAAAAAAUAGGUAUGCAUGAUUUUAAGCGUACAAACAAGAUAUCUGGUGUUCACUGGCUAAAAGAGCCUAUAGAUAAUUUAAGAAUAAGUGUAAAAAUGAAACCACACAAUGGAAUAUUGUCCUUACCAAAAUUUGAAAACUAUACAAAUGUGUCCAAUGGCAUUAACAGUGACUCGUUUGAACAAACCGAAGAGUACACAUUUAAAUGGCAAGAAAAAGCGUUCAGCUUAUGGGAAAUCCAACGAUAUUCAGACGUUCACCAUUGUAUAACGGAUACAGAGCUCACUUACCACAAUAUGCUCAAUGAUUUAGACUAUGAACCGGUCAAAGUAUUUACUUACGUGCACGAUGAUUACCACUUGCCGUUGCCUUUAAAUAAUGUAAAAAGUAAAAGCAAUAACAUAAUUGACUUAAGUACAUGUUUUGAGCGUUUAAAUUUGAAUGAUCGAAUUGAGAAGGCGUUGGUUAAGGAGUCAAGUUCUAUGGGACAUUUGUUCAGAAGUGAAGAGAAUUUAGAUGUUGAUAAUAAGGAGUGGAGAGCUAUGCAUAUUGCAUUUGAUAGUUCAGAUUACAAUGAGGACAGUCAACUAGUUUUCAAGCAGGAAGCAAUACUGGUGUCCGUGUACCACAACAUCACACACAACUACUUACUAGUUUCACCCGAUGAGAACCAGCUGGAAUUGAACCCGUACUGUGCUGAGACAAGCGCGGGAGUGCCUCUUGGUUACCACUACGCUAUAGGGCUGAGGUUUGAAGACGCAGGGGAUUCAGAGGAAUUGACUGUGCUGCUGAACAAACUGCACAAGAAAUGGGAGAAGAAACACAAGCAGCUGGUCAACUUCUGCAUGCCCUCGCUAGGGAGGAAGAUCUACCACCUUACCCUGGAAAUACUGACCGCUAAGGAAUUCGAAAUGGACGACCUAUACGUCGAAUAUACUAUCAGGUUACGAACCGAAGCAGCCAUGCCCGGUCAGCACCUGCGCCAGAUGGAACGUGAGGAACCCGUGCGGUCAUUCCAACCAUUGGUCCAGAACAGGACCAAUGGCGUCCAGAGUGCGGUGGCCAAACUGCGCGCGAGUCAUGUCUUCCUUCCAGCGGUCGAUCAUGAACUCACGCUCUUCCUGCCUGACGGUGCCGCGCUACUCCGGGACCGGGCGCAUUCCACGCGCCUUCUAGUCUGCCAUCCAGUGAUAGAUGACAGACAAGACCCCAGCUUCUAG